AUCCGCCAUGCCCUUUGGACCUAAAUGGAGGCUCGGGGGGAACGAGGCGAAGGCCCGGAAGAUUUUGGAGCGUGGGCGGAGCAAGUUCUGGCUGCCGUGCCAGCUGGACCGCGACGUCGCCGGGCUGGAAAUCACCGAGGACGGCUGGGAAGAGACGCUGGAGACGCGCUACAGCCUCGUGGAUUCCCUCAGCCACGUCACGCAACUAGAGUUUGCUCAGGAGAUCUGCAGACGACAGGUCUUCACUGGCAAUGUUGUCAAGGACGACCACGAGACCGUCAUGAUUGACGCCGAUCACCCCUUACGUCAUACCCCUCUGGCGUGGUUCUGUCUUGAAAAUGGCGCUGAAGAUGAAGAUAGUGGUCUUGCUGGGAAUGUGAAGUUCUCUACACCGAUCGGUGUGGAGUCUGACAUCGCCAGGCAGGGCGCGAGACCUACCCACAACUUCUACCUGGUGGAAAUGGCUGACCUGGCUUCGUCCUGUGCCUGUCGGAUUCUCGUAACCAAGAACAGUUACCCGAGUCUGCAGCCCUAUGACCCGUUCAAGAGAGGGGGUCCCUGGUACUGGGACAGGAGAGGCUACCGCAACGACCACGGCGAAUGGGAACGCGACAGGCACUACGUCCUGAAGCAGUUCCGGCGGUUCUACGGCCAGACGGGGUACAACUCGACCAGCUGCCGGGUGGAGUUUGUCCGGGAGGCCUCCCCUGAUCAGCUUGAGCAUUGGCCGGCGGUCCAUAACUACGCCAUUUCCUUCGUCAGCCAGGUGCAAGGGGAGAAAGAACGCAGCCCAAGGGUAGUUGACGUACACCGCAUACCAGACAUGACAAAGGAAGAGGCUUUCUUCGCGUUCUUGGUGUGGGUGAUGAGUCCCCUCGGGUACAUCAACGCGGUUGUUCGUGCGCCUGAGACACGCCAGACAGACGACGGUUUGGGGGCAACCAAGCGUCAGUUGACCGGUUACCAAGGGCAACAGCUGUCAGAAAUGGAGCACAAGGCUCUCGAGGCGUUUAACUACGUUUGUGCCACGAAGGUCAACUGGAUGUGUUCGCCAGAGGGGUUUCUCCCAUUGGAACCCUCCCUUCACAUCAUGGAUCAAGCUCUGACCGAUGACCUUGCCAAGAAGAUCGCUUCCAACAUCUUGUCCGCCGCAGAUUGUUCCCAGUCCGCCGUCUUCCUGCAAAACCUAGUCAUUCUCCACAAGCUCCUCUCCGACGAGUCGUCGUCUGCCAUGGUCAAGAGGAUUCUGGGAUACUCAAACGAUCGCGAAGGACACAUGAGUGCGAUGCGUGGGGAGAUGAGUCGGCUCGUGGAGGGAGGGUUGCACGAGAAGAUACCGAGCGUCGCGAAAGAUGUGACGGCGUUGUUCGGCCAGCUGUUUGUGGGGUACAUGGAGGAGAUGGCGAAGUAGCGGAGAAAUGUUGAAGAUAUAGCAAUAUGCAUGUGUUCUUCGGGACACUCCACGAAGUAAAACUGCCUGGAUUUGCCCUCACAACCUGAUCACGACUCACGAAAAGCCGACCUUGCUCUAACACCUCUAAUUUUCGCCCCGACGCCGGCCCCACACUUAUCAAGACGCCCAGCUCGAACUAUCAAUUAGACUGGCAUACAUCCUACCCUAGCUCCCUUCCGCCGUAAAAUACUAAAACUUAUAGGAAUUGGGAUAAUCUGAAAUUGGUUCAGAAAAAUGAAGAAGAUGAAGAAAGAAAAAUCAAAACGCAGCAAGACUAAAGUUACUGAAGAAACCUAAAUUGAUUGAAAUGUUUGAAAUGCUAAUCAACCAAUAAAAAAGUAUUCCUGUCAGAAGUGGGAUUCGAACCCACGCCUGGAGAACCAGACUGCGACCUGAACGCAGCGCCUUAGACCGCUCGGCCAUCCUGACGUUGUUGAAACAAUCUGAAUGGGACGUUACGAUUUCCGAAGGAUCGUCGAUGAAUCGUCAUCAUCAUCGCUCUUCCUAAGAAUGGCAUAAACAGUAGUAGAUCGAACAUGCAACCUUGCGGCACACCUCAGGAUGUAACAAGUAGAAUACUUCAUAACAUUACACCCUGCUUACGGGAAGCACUGUGCUGCAGCCUAUCCAUUUAUUCAAAGUGCUCAGCACCACGGACACAAUUCCAGGGGAGUGUCAAUAACAACGAAAGUG